CUGUAAGAAGUAAAAAUAAAUAAUAAGAACAAUAAAAAUAUCAAGAAUGACAUCAAAGGGAAUUUUUACCCUUUUAACUAUUUUUUAUCUCCAAAAUGCCGUCAUAUCAGAUUCUCAACAAGUUUUAUUUGAAAUUACUGAUAUAAAUUCUAUUAAAAAAUUUAUCGAUGAAAACUAUGGUGUAUCCCGCAGUGAUUUUUCAGUGUUUAAAAAUUUAACUUUGGAUGAAAAAAACAAAACAGCUGGAGUUUUUUAUUUGAAAAUGACAACAUUGGUUAAGAAAUUAAAAGAAAUGAAAUCGAGCGAUUAUCUUUCUGAUCUUUAUUGGUGGGAUUAUGCAGUAGUAAAAGAAUUAAAGCCUAAUGUGGAAGCUUAUAAGAAUCUUAUUGAUAUUUUCUAUAAAAAUGGUCAACUAAAAACUAUACCCAAGGCAAUUGCGUAUGACGUAAGCCAAUUAUUAUCCUCACUUUCUUUAACUUCUUACAGAAGUAACAAGAAAGUUGAUUACUGUAUGCAUGCUUGGGCAUUAAAUUGGUAUUCCGUAAAUCACCGUAGUUUGGAAAGCGAAUUAAAUAUAUCGUAUGUUAAUUUAAAUGACUUUGAUAAUAUUCGAAAAGUCUUUUAUGAUUUAUUAUUGCACUUGUCUCGUGAAGAAAUAACAGAAAACAACAGAUACGAUCACUGUAGACGAGUUUCUUCAUUCCAUCAAGGACUGUACAAUGUAUACAGACAAGUUGUAUUUAAUUCUUUCCUCGAGUUUAGUGUAAAAUAUUUUGCCUCGAUGGGAGUGAUAGUUUGUGAUAGACAAUCCUAUCAGGAGGAACUCAAACUGAUGGAGGAAAACUUAUCCGAUUCAUUGAAGACAAUAAUGGAGUUAACCAGGGAAAUUUUGAACAACACGACAUAUUAUAUGUAUCCGUGUGAUCCGUCAUAUUUUGAAAAUCUCAUGACAGAAGAAACAAACCUUGAAUUAGAGAAAAUGGUGCAGACGGUAAUAAUUGCAGAGAAGGACUUGAGCACCACACACUCUUGCAGCCAUAACUGUAACUUGAACUUAAUAAAAGAUACUAUAAAUAAGACAGAGUGUUAUGAAUUUCUGGACUGUCAAUAUAGUACGCCCGGUUAUAAGAUCACUGAAUUGACAAAUAGCAGCAGACGUUAUGGAUAUUUUACCGGUAUUGAUGGUAGAGACAAAAAGCAGUAUGGCGACCCCGAUCGGCAUUUCUAUAACCGUGAACAACCCUUAGAUGUAUCUAGUUCAUACAACUGGGGUACAAUGAGAUUCUGUGACUACUGUAUUUGUACUUGUGCAAUCAAGCCGUCACGCUCGCCACAUGUAAUUACUGCUGUCAGUUUUAGAGAACAAGUUUCGGAUAUCGAAAGCAACAAGUUCGUUGCGGGUCUUAAGUUUGUGAAGAAAGAUGGCAUGAUUCACAUUCAAAUCGCAGAAAGUGAAGUUCUACCUCACGGUCAUGUUGGAUAUGAUAUGUGGAAGCCAUUGGAAGAAUUUACUUACAAUGAAACAACUGAAAAAUACUACGUCUUAAAAAAUAAUGAGUCCCAAAUUCCACUUGAGUUGGGAGUUGAUUAUGCUCGUCCACAUAAAAUGAACUUGAACAAUGUGAUGGCACCAAAGAAGCAUGUCAUCACAGGAGUCCGAUGGCGAUUCGCCGGAGAUUCUCUCGAGUUUCCCAAACGAAAACAAGGUCCAAUUGAAUUACAAGUUCGAGUAACAUCUCUUGAUUUUCCGAGAGGAAAAUUAAUUAAUCUCGAUCAAUCAUCAUGGAUAUCUCCUCAAGAACAAGUUCUCAAAGAUGAAUUGAUCUUAGAAAAUCCAGAUAAUUCUAGGUAUACGGAUCAAAGUAUGUUUACAUUUGAACGCCAAAUAUAUCCUCAGGACGGGGAAUUAAAAAUUCAUUCGACUAUAACGUCAAAUAAAUUUGUUAAAUUCCGAGCAUCUGAUUUGAAGAAAGAUGCUGGACAGUCGACUGUGCCAUUCUUUGAUGGUCGUGGAACUACAAUGCGUAGAAGUCUUUUGGGUGGAGUCGGUCUUGUUCAUCGCGCUCCUCCUGGCUUUGGUGGACACCUUGCCUUCAAAAUUUUCGAUUUUGAUAUGUCACCUUAUUUCAACGUCAUCGUGGAUUAAUAUACAGUCGUUUUCACGCCGACCUCUAUAACUGAGAGCUUCUCUUGCCUGUACCUCUAUAAGCGACAAUUUAACACUGGCAAUGCGAAACUCUUUCUCUAUUUUUCGCUUAGAAUUGUUUUUUUAAAUACUUAGCAGUUGUUGAUAGGACUAUGUUUGAUUGUAAAAUAUUUUGCAUAUUAUAGAAUAACCUCUGUAAGUGAGACAGACUUCUUCUGUACCUCUAUAAGCUAGAAACUCGAUUACUGAGAAACCUCUAUAAGAGAAAAAAAAUCACGGUCCCUUGAACU